GCGGCGGGAAGUCGUCAGGCCGCCCGGACGCGAUGGGGCCGCUGCUCUAGCCUCGCUGACGGCUGGCGGCGGGAGGAAGGGGCUCGGAUCGGCCUGGACCGGGGGCGAUGCUGAGAAGCAGUCAGUUUCCUGCACCCAACACCUAAGCAGCCGGGGUCCGUGCGCCCCGCGGGCGGCUGCAGACGGCGGCGCGGCGCGGGCUCGGAGCCCAUGUCCGGGGCGGGCGAAGCCCUCGCUCCCGGGCCCGCGGGGCAGCAGUGCGCGGCCGAGGCGGGCGGCGGCCGGCUGGGCUCCCCGGCCCUCGAGAAAUGUAAUGAGGACAAUGCUGAGAAAGAUAUAAGUCAACCUACCAGUUGCCACUCCAUGUAUGGACUGAUGAGGGACCAGUCCAUUUGGGGAAAUCCUCCCGAUGGUGAACUAGUCAGAACCCAACCUCAGCGCCUGCCUCGGCUGCAGACAUCAACACAGGAGCCCAGCAAGGAGGAAACAGGCAAGAUGAAGAAUGGGGGCCACAGGAGUCUGAGCAAUGGCAAUGGAAUUCCUCAUGGAGCUAAACAAGCACCCACAGAUAACCACAAAAUUUCAGCUCCUGUUUCUCAGAAAAUGCAUAGAAAACUUCAGUCCAGCUUAUCUGUAAGCAAUGAUAUCCAUAAGAAGAGUAAAGUACACGCUGUCUUUUCCCAAAAGACUGCUUCCUCACCAGAAGACUGCUGUGUCCACUGUAUCCUGGCGUGCUUGUUCUGUGAAUUCCUGACCCUCUGCAAUAUUGUCCUGGGACAAGCUUCAUGUGGCAUCUGCACCUCCGAAGCCUGCUGCUGCUGCUGUGGUGACGAGAUGGGUGAUGACUGCAACUGCCCUUGUGACAUGGACUGUGGCAUCAUGGAUGCCUGUUGUGAAUCCUCAGACUGUUUAGAAAUCUGUAUGGAGUGCUGUGGCAUCUGUUUUCCGUCAUAAAGAUUUAUCUUCUGUUUGUAUUAAAACUGGAGACAUUUUACAGUAUUUCUUGUAGGGGAAAGGAAAGCACAUGGUAAGAUUCUCAUGAAGCAACUCAGUGUUUGCACUGUUAACUCAUUAUGUUUAAGUAAUCUCUGAAAUUCUUUUUCUUUCACUAAAUCUAUAUGGUUUAAUAUGUGAAGUUUGGACUAACUGGUUUUUGAAGCUUCUUUGUAGACGUUAAUAAUUGGAAGACAUUUUGAUACACACACACACACACACACACACACACACACACACACACGCACACACACACACACACACACACACAUACACACACACACACCCAAAAAUGUUGUCUGUCUUCUUUCUGUUGACAUUUGUGUUUCUCCUAAUUGUUCUCAGCAGCUCUUUGCUCUAAACACAACAUUGCUCAACAGGUAUUUAAACCAGAUCAUUUAUCUUUGAUGUUUAUCUAUUAGAGGUUAAAAGUGAACAUUCAUUAUUCUAAGUAAGCACACAUACUGGGCAGAGCCGCAGACAGAUGUGGGACUCUCCGUGUUGGUCUGCUCUGUGUGCUCUCACCUCCAAUGUUCUACCCAGAGGGCACUGAGGAAGAUCAUGCUGCUGCCAUUCAGAGCAGUGUGCACUGUAGUGGAGGAGGGCAGGGUGGGAGCCGUAGAGAAUGAACCAGAUCCCAAGGCAUGCUGGUGUCAGGACUGGAAAGGAAAGAGGGCAUAGGAAGAAACAGAAGCAAAGAACAGGUUAUUGAGGAAUGCUUGAAGGAGAAUGUGGCAUUUCAGAUGCCUUAGGAUGAGCUAUUUAAAUUUAGGAAAAAGUUUAAGGUGGGUGGCCUGAACUGUCUGUGUUCUGAACAAGUGAAAAAAAUGUGCCUCCAUUGCACAUUUCAACAACACAGCUUUCUUAAGACUAUAAAAUCAGAACUAAUGCAAAUAUGCACUUUCCUACACAUAAUUUAAGUGUUAUAAAUUUUAAUGAAAACAUAAUACCUUGUUAACAUAACUAUAUUUUACCAAAAAUGUAGAACACGUUUUAACAACUUUGAUUUAAAUGAGGUUUUUCUUUUUCAAGAUUAAAAAAAUCUCUAGUAUUCUGAUUUGGGGUUUUUCCAAAGCUCACUUAUAUUUGAAAGAUUUGGUUCUUUAUGUGGGGCUGUUGGGAGGGGGGGUCUAUUUAUUUUGGUUGGCUUGUAGCCACAGUCUUGUAUUUCACAAGCACAUGUGUCUUGCAUCCACUACAGGAGGAGCUCAGAUGUCUAACACCAUCACCAGAUAACAGCAUUCCAAUUGUAUGUUAAAUUAUGCCAAUGUGCCAGGUUAUAAAGAUACUAAAAGUAUAAAGAUAUAUGUCUGUGACAAGACUAUAUAGGGAUGGAGUCAGCUCUUAUGAAAGGGAGCGUUUGGUUUUACACACAUCCUCCCACGUGAUUUUUUUUUUCUCUUCAGAUUUAAAAUUUGGUUGCAUUGACUAAUUCUUUGCAGGCUCUUGAAAGUAUAUUUGGUAAUUUAGUGGUUCUUUACAGUUCCAGAUGAAUAUCAGAUUGUUAAAAAAAAAAUGCGUUUUAGGAAGCCUUUAGCCAAACUAGAUUUUAGGAGACCUGAGCAUUUUUUUUUUACAUGAAAAAUGAGAAUGUCUCCAAUGUUUUUUCUUUGAGAGUAAGCCUAUCUUAUAAUUAAAUUAUUAUUUUAAAUAUUCUUUGAUAAAGAAAAGCAAGUGAAUCUCCCUUCUAGUGCAAUUUAUGCAUGCAUACACUUUAAAAUGUUGGCUUAAAUACGAUGCUAAUGUACAACUGCCUUCUUCAUUUGUUAUGUCAAAUAUAAUGGGAACCUUAAUAUUUCCAUAUACCCAACGUUAACCUGUGCUUGUGUCCUAGAAUGGAGAAGAGAAUCCGUUUAUUGAUAAGCCUCUUUAUGAUUGUUGGGAUAUUUGACUCGAUAUCCUGAAAGACUGUUUAACCAAUAGGUUUGUCUGAUGCUCGAAUAUAUCCCGCUAUGAUUUGUAAUGGAAAUGAUAGUGCAUUUGAAAUGUUUUUCUGUAAUAGAGAACAUUAGUGAAUACUAGAAGUUAAUUUCCAUACUUGUACAUGUAGGACUUUUCUUCAGCUCUGUACUCCAGGCAAGCCAUUCCUUAAGGCAUCUUGUAUAAUUCAAAAGAAAAAUAGGCAAAUGUGAAAACAGUGUCAAUAUAUUUUAGAAUAUUGAUAUGUAGUGUGUUGUUGAAUUCUAUGGCUGUCAAGACUAAUUGCUAUGGUUUACAGUCUCUUCUUAAAUGUGGCAUAUUUUCAAACUGGAGCUGUAUUAUCCUGGAUAUUUUAAAAUUAAAAAAAUGAACUCUU